CGUAAUUGGACUAAUACUAACUCAUCACUCACUCCCCAUACCCAUCUCCCGCCACUACCCAAUACGCUAUUCUGCCCAUUCCACUUUCUCCUCAAAACCCAACAAUCAAAAAAGGAAAUUGAGAAUGGAUAUUCCGGUCAUAGAUCUAACCCGCUACCUAGAAAUCGCCGAUAAGUUACCCACCAACCCGGAGAAAUUAUCUGCUCAGUUGGAAAAAGAGGGGCCAUGGUUAACCGAAUUGUGCAAGGAAGUGAGUCGGAUCCUGAGAGAAACCGGAGCCUUAGUAGUGAAGGAUCCGCGAUGUUCGUCGGAAGAUAAUGAUCGCUUUAUUGAUAUGAUGGAGAAGUAUUUUGAAUGUCCUCUUCAGUUUAAAAAACUUCAAGAACGACCGCAUUUGCAUUAUCAGGUUGGAGUGACCCCUGAAGGAGUAGAAGUGCCGAGAAGCCUGGUUGAUGAUGAAAUGCAAAAGAAAUUAAAAGCAAUGCCUGAACAGCUCCAGCCGUCUACUCCUAAGGGACCUGAUCGCAAGUGGCGAUACAUGUGGAGGGUAGGCCCUCGGCCAUCAAACACCCAAUUUAAGGAACUUAAUUCAGAGCCUGUAAUACCUGAAGGUUUCCCCGAGUGGAAAGAAACCAUGGACUCAUGGGGACACAAGAUGAUAUCUGCCAUAGAGGCUGUAUCUGAAAUGGCAGCAAUCGGGUUUGGCUUGCCCAAGGAUGCAUUUACUUCGCUUAUGAAACAGGGACCACAUCUUCUUGCACCAACAGGGAGUGACCUCCGCUGCUAUGGACAAGAAGGCACUGUCUUUGCCGGAUAUCAUUAUGACCUUAACUUUGUAACAAUUCAUGGCAGAAGUAGAUUCCCUGGUCUUAACAUUUGGCUAAGGAAUGGGCAAAAAGUGGAGGUGAAAGUUCCUCUAGGAUGUCUGCUCAUCCAGACAGGAAAGCAGAUAGAGUGGUUGACUGCAGGAGAUUGCACAGCUGGCAUGCAUGAAGUAGUUGUCACUAAGAGAACAACUGAUGCGAUCAAUCUAGCAUCCAAACAAAAUCGCAGCCUAUGGCGAGUUUCCUCAACACUUUUUGCACACAUAGCAUCAGAUGCAGUGUUGAAGCCUUUAGGCCACUUUGCAGAAUCCCCACUUGCCAGCGAAUAUCCUUCGAUCUGUGCAGGAGAAUUUGUUGAGAAAGAACUCGCUGUUAUCAAUCUAAAAGGUAGUAAAGGCGAAUCAUGAUAAAAUGGUAAUGAUUGAUUAUUUAUUGUUGUUGCUGCAUAGAUGCAAACAACAUUUCAUGUGUUGGAAGGAUUAAGUUAUAUAAUAAGCCAUGCAUAUCUUUGCGCAUAUUUAGCA